AUGCAAGGAGUCCUGAAUUAUUCUGUUUCCAGCAGAUGUUCUCUUAAAUGCCUUCCUUUUACUCAAUGUCAUGUUUCAGAAGUGUGUGUUUCCCUGCAGAGGAACACCAUUGCCUAUGCGAUAUACAACGAUGAGAUCCCUGAAUCAGACUCCAAAGGGUGGAAAAGUGGACACACCAAAGGAUUUCUGCUCUUGGACAAAUCACAAGGCUUCUGGGUAAUUCACAGUGUGCCUCUGUUCCCUCCCAUCCCCGAGGAAGGUUACGGGUAUCCAGCUACUGGGGAGUCCUUUGGACAGACAGCCAUCUGUAUAACCUUCAAAUAUGACCAGUUCACUGAAAUAGACCAACAGAUGUUGAGUUAUAAUCCCGGAAUCUACAGUUGUUCCAUCCCUAACAUCUUCCAAGCUGACCUCCCAAAUCUGCAGAAGCUCUGUGCAAAGUCCAGGCUGCCUGUGGUCCCCUUGCGCCACCUCACCAAGCUCCGGUCAGCUCAUGGGGAAACCUUUCUCCACUUUGCAAAGUCACACUCAUUCAUAGAUGAUAUCUAUGUGGCCUGGAUAGCUCAGGAACUGAAGACCGAUUUGUUGGCUGAAUCCUGGCAGCGUUCUGGCCAAAAACUUUACUCAAAUUGCUCUCUCGAUUACCACGUCUACAACAUAAACCUAAUAGGGAUGCCAUUGAAUUCCACCUUUCAUUCCAUUAAUGAUCAUUCCAAAUGGGCUGUUUCAAGGAAAUACGAAGAUCAGUGGACCUGCAUCGGAGACUUAAACCGUGCUGCCGAGCAAGCUUGGAGAAGUGGUGGGUUCAUCUGUACCCAGAAUGAGCACAUCUACAGUGCCUUCAGGCACCUGAUAAUCCACUAUGAAAGCUGCACUGCUGCUUCCACAGGGAUAUAACAGACCAUUCCUCCCAACCAGCACAGCCCUUAUUACAUAGAAAGUGUGUGAAAUAUCUGCCUUAAAAUCUAUUUCCUCUGUGAAAAACGGCCCUGUGAGUUGCCAGGUGUGCUAGAUCAUCACCUUGUUGGCUAUAAAAGCAGGUGGUGUGCAGGUAAAUUAUGGCUGGUUUGCUCUGGUGUGGGACCCAGAGGCUCUGCGUGUGCUGGGCCGUGCUAUGCUCUCUGCUGGCUCCUCACCAUCCGUGCUGGGAUGGGAUGGGACCCUGUGGCACAAGGCUGCACCAAAGCACAUCACUGUGGGUGCCCUGCAUGGGCACCCCUAGAGCAACUUGUGAGUUGGGGCUGCACAUGGGAUGGGAAGGACAACAGAAACCUCUCUCCUGAGCUGGGUUGUCAGGAAUGGGCAGUCGGCAAGGGACAAGUACCCCAAAAUACCUUAAAAUCACCCCAUAUUUCAGGUGCUGUUGAGAUAAAUCACAGCAUUUUUGCUCAGUUUGGGCUGAAUCUCUUAAAGUGCUGAUUAAAUCCAGACAGGGAGAUGAGUAGAUCUGUGGACAGAAAGGCUUCAUUUUUAUGUGAUUCAUUUUUAGAGAAUAAAUGAGCUUUAAAGCAUCUUUAAAUAUCUCUAUAACCAAUAGCUUGGGAGUAUUUCUAGUGCUUUUAUUCAUGUACAGCAAUCUUAUAAACAAAUAAACAUGUUCAAAAUUUGAAUAAGCAAAAUAAGAGAAAAAACAGUCUGUUGACAGUCUCCCUCUUCCAUCUAUAUAGUUAUUUGUGGUUUGUUACAAUCUAUAUAGCUGCCAAGGGAAAAACGGAGACAAUUAGGAAAAAAAAAUAAAGAAAAGGGAAGAAAAUAUUUGAAGGAAGAUGUUAUUUAAUCUACCUUUUCACAUUACAACAAAUGUGACUGUUAAUUUUCAAUAUCUUCAUUCUCAGGCUUAGGACCUGAAGUUUGCAUGGAGUUGCUGUAAAGACAAGGCUAAUUUGGAAAAUCCUGAUACAUUCUUGGGUUCAGAUUUCAGAAUUGUGUCUGCAUUAAUAUGUUCCUAAAUAUAUUUAUAGGGUUCUAUCUCACUCGUAAUUUUUUUCCUGAAUUGCUGAUAUAAACUCCAGUCUGAAGAGUUGGCUGUCCCACUAAUAUUUCUGUUUUGCUGUGUUCCUAGUUCCUACCACUGGUUCUCCACAAGUGUCUUAAAAGGAAUUAGACAGAAAGAAAUGCCCCACAACCACAAGAGGUUGUCGAAUAAUGUAUCAAGCCUUCAUAAUGAAGGGAACUGUGGAAGAAUAGAUUUCAAAAUUAGCCAAUCUGGAUCAGAGGCAAACCCGAGUUUCAUAGCUCAGUGAAAAUAGUGUAGAUAGCUUAGAUAUCCUGCACAAAAUGUUUUUUUUACUCUUCUCUGCCUAUGACAUAACAUUUGAUAAAUAAUUUGCUUGGUAAUGCUUUUUCUCUGAUGCUUGUGAAAUUGUUUAACAUAUACACCUUUCAUUCUUUUGCUAGCUAGGGUUGAGCAACAUCUUUUGUGGCAGCAAAUAUUGCCAGUGACACAGAACACUGCGCCGUGGGAUGGUAGGGCUCACUCAGAUAAGCCAAGAUAGAAUUCAUCUCUCUUGCCCAUCUUUUCAUGGCAGACACUAACCUGACCUGCCUGUCUGAGCUCUGGCAUCUUGCCCGUGGGUUUGUGUACACAUGAUCUCAGUGUACAGGGCUGGUGAGAAACCCUCCACUGGAGACAGUGCUGGUGAGGCUCCCCAUGGUGCCUCAGAGAGCACCUGCACCUGUGGCACAACCUGUAAUUAUGGUAUUUUCAAAUGCUCGGCCACAGCAUUUGGAUUCACAGAGUUGGAUAGCAAAGAGUCUCUGUCCCACAGGUUGUCACAGAAGUGUUGCCACAGCCCUGCUUCCCAGGCUACACGUCACCAGUCUGUCACUUGACUUUAAGUGCUGAUUGCUGUUCUUAAUUAUUUGAUCAAUUGAUAGCUGGCAUAAGGCUAGACUACUUAAGCAUUUACUAGACUAACUUAAGCAUUCCUCUUUCAGUAUACGCAGGAGUGGUUGCCUCCAUUUUAUACCUGAGGAGGUAUAAAGAGCAGUAGGAAGGUGCAGAGAAACAGCUGUACCAUACAGCAGUACAAGCACCUCAAUAUACAGACUCAUUUCAGUGGUGUGGCAAUAAACAGGCUGCAGAUCUGGUUCUCUCAUGUUUUAGCUGUAAACAGCUUUAAUUCAGUUUUGCUAUUGUUGUGUAACUUCAGUAUUUGCAUAUCAUAGUAUUUCUGCUGCACACCUUAUGAAACAUGGGCAGGCUCUUUGUUUCCCAAAAGAGACUGAUAAUCAACAAAAUAAACCAAAUAGAUUUUUAAA